CCUAUGGCAGAUGGAGAGUGGAGAAAUCAAACGUCCAUCACAGAAUUUAUCCUCCUGGGAUUCGGUAACCUCUCUGAGCUGCAGACCCUGCUCUUCCUGCUGUUUCUUGUAAUCUAUAUUGUGACCAUGGCUGGAAACAUCUUCAUCAUUGCUCUUGUUGUGGCUGAUCAGCAUCUUCACACCCCCAUGUACUUCUUCCUGGGGAACUUGUCCUGCUUGGAGACCUGCUACAGCUCCACCAUCCUGCCCAGGAUUCUGACCAGUCUCCUGACUGGGGACAGAACCAUUUCAUUUAGCAGGUGUUUCAUGCAAUUUUAUUUAUUUGCUUGCCUGGCCGGUACCGAGUGUUAUCUCCUCUCUGUGAUGUCUUAUGAUCGGUAUUUAGCUAUAUGUAAGCCACUGCAUUAUGCUGCCCUUAUGAAUGGCAGGUUCUGCCUCCAGCUAGCAGCUGGAUCAUGGAUAAGUGGAUUUGUGACUAACUCCGUAACAAUAUUUUUCAUGUCACAAUUAACUUUUUGUGGUCCCAAUGAAAUUGACCACUUCUUUUGUGAUUUCACUCCUAUCAUAAGACUCUCCUGCAGUGACUCUCAUUUAAUGCAACUUGUGGCUUUCAUUCUGGCUUCCAUAUAUACACUGCCUCCUUUUAUAUUAACUCUGAUGUCCUAUAUUUGUAUCAUGAUAACCCUCCUGAGGAUCCAUUCCAGCAUAGAAAGGCAGAAGGCCUUUUCCACUUGCUCCUCUCACCUCAUUGUGGUGACAAGUUUCUAUGGAACCCUGAUCAUUGUCUACAUGCUGCCAGAUGUCACCAUGCUGAGAGACCUACACAAACUGUUCUCUGUUUUCUACACAGUCCUGACUCCCCUGGCCAAUCCCCUCAUCUACAGUCUGAGAAACAGAAAGGUCAAGGAGGCCCUGAGAAAAGCCCUCAGGAAAUGUUUGGCCUCACAAGAAUCCAGAAAUUCCAAGCAAUUUUUGUAA